GUACCUGAUCUUACAAUGGUUGAUUUGCCUGGAAUCACUAGGGUGCCUGUUCAUGGGCAGCCUGAUGAUAUAUAUGAGCAGAUAUCAGCCAUAAUAAUGGAGUAUAUAAGGCCAGAAGAGAGCAUUAUACUGAAUGUUUUAGCUGCUACAGUUGAUUUUCCGACUUGUGAAUCCAUCAGGAUGUCACGGCGGGUGGAUAAGACCGGCCUGAGAACUCUGGCUGUUGUUACCAAAGCCGACAAAGCUCCUGAAGGUCUACUAGAUAAAGUAAUGGCAGAUGAUGUGAAUAUCGGGCUUGGCUAUGUGUGCGUUAGGAAUCGCAUAGGCGAUGAAUCGUAUGAUGAAGCUCGAAAGAAAGAAGCUAAAUUAUUUGAAACCCACCCGCUUCUCUCAAAGAUUGACAAAUAUAUUGUGGGUAUUCCAGUUCUGGCCCAAAAGUUGGUGCAAAUUCAAGCUUCAAUAAUAGCAAAAUGCUUGCCAGAGAUUGUUAGAAAGAUCAAUGACAAGCUGAGUGCAAACAUUUCAGAACUCAACAGCAUGCCCCAGAAUCUAACUUCUGUUCCAGAAGCAGUGUCUGCUUUGAUGCAGAUUAUUGGUUCAUCCGUGGAGUCUCUUAGGAAAGUUCUCUUGAGAGGUGAGUUCGAGGAAUACCCAGAUGACAAACACAUGCAUUGCACUGCUCGUCUUGCAGAAAUGCUCAACCAGUGCGCUCAGGAACUGCAAAAGAGUUUAGAAGAUAACUACAAGGACAAUUUUCUAAUGGAGGAGAUACGAGUUCUUGAGGAAACGAGAGGCAUUGGGCUACCAAAUUUCCUUCCUCGCGCGGCUUUUCUCAUUAUCCUGCAGGAAAAAGUAAAUGAGAUAUCAGGAGCACCGGUUGAGUUUAUCUCUAAAGUAUGGGAGCACAUUGAGACAGUGGUGGUUGCUGUUUUAAUGCGUCACUCUGAACGUUAUCCACAGCUAGAGUCAUCUACAAGAAGAGCAGCCCAGCACCUUAUUGCCAAGAAGAAGGAUAUGUCCGUUGAUCGAGUGGAGGAGAUAAUUGAGAUGGAGAAGAUCAUAGAUUAUACUUGCGAUCCUGAAUAUCUGACAGUAUGGGGUAAGCUCAUGGCUAGUAAAAACCUCUUCCUUGAUGUUAUGAAUAAUUAUUCGAGGUCCACACUGAUCACCAUUGAUGGUUUUGGGGAAGUUGAAGUUGGGCAUUUAAAGCCCUUCCCUAGUAUUAGAGACCAAGCAUUUGACAUAAAAAUGAGAAUUACAGCAUACUGGAAGAUUGCUCUGAAAAGACUCGUUGAUUGCGUGGCUCUGCACAUAUUGUUCAGUGUCAAAAAUCUGGUGAACAAGGACAUGGAGACGGAGAUAGUGAAUGAACUCAUGGAUCCUCAUGGUGGUGGACUUGAAAGGUUGCUAGAAGAAUCGCCGUCAGUGGCCAUAAGGCGUGAGAGAUUGAACAAAAGUAUCAAGCUGCUGAAGGACUCUAAGGAAGUUGUUGCUAGGGUCAUGGACAGAAUUGCCAUCAAUACUGACUAGGUUUUCUCUGCAUCUUGCUUUUAAUUUCUUGGUUGUUGUCUGACAUAUUUGAAGUUUUCUGGUUUUGGUAGGUUUGCUUUGCCAGAAUGCCUGAAAUCCCAUAUCAUUCUGAUUGGAAACUCCUAUGUGGCAUUUAUGUUAUGUUUGUGUUUUGGUAGUGUGUUUGCAAAACUACAAUGAAUUCC